GCAGGAGUAAAAUAUGGCAAAGUACAAAUUCUCUGAACCUGACUACUGAGGUGCAGAAGGUGUCUUUUCCAUCUGCUGCUCCUCCAAUGCUUUGAAGAAUGCGAGACCUAACGGCUCAGGUAACGAGCAGUCUGCUGCAGUUUCCGGAGGUGACUAUUCAGGCACUUGGGGAAGAUGAGAUAACCCUGGAUUCUGUGCUGUUUGGAAAGUUUUCUGGAGGGAGAAAUGGCCUGGCAUGGUUGGCAUGUGGCCCUCAACUGGAGGUGGUGAACUCACUGACAGGAGAGCGGCUGUCUGCGUACCGUUUCAGUGGAGUGCAUGAGCAGCCGCCCAUCGUUCGUGUGGUCAAGGAGUUUUCCUGGCAGAAGAGAACUGGACUCUUGGUCGGGCUGGAAGAAGGAGAGGGGAGUGUUCUUUGUCUGUACGAUCUUGGAAUAUCACGAGUGGUUAAAGCAGUUGUUCUUCCAGAAAGGGUAACUGCUAUAGAGCCCAUAACUAAUCAUGGAGGAGCCAGUGUGAGCACUCAGCACCUGCACCAAGGUCUGCGCUGGCUCUUUGGAGUGGCUGCAGUGGCUACAGAUGUGGGUCAUCUCCUCCUGGUUGACCUUUGUUUGGAUGAUUUGUCUUGCAGUCAGAAUGAAACAGAGUCAUCAGAUCUGGAAGUGUUCACAAGAAUUUCUGCAGCAGUUCCACAAAGAAGAGACACUGUGACCAGAGAAGGGAGACAUCUGUCCUUUCAAUUACAAAAUCCUUCAGGAACAUCAAUACCAACCCUGUGCUACAUAAGCAGAAGCAAUCAGCUGGCUGUGGGAUUUUCAGAUGGCUACCUGUCCCUCUGGAAUAUGAAAACUUUGAAGAGGGAAUACCACUCUCAGCUUGAAGGAGGAAGGAUUCCUGUCUAUGCCGUUACUUUUCAAGAGCCUGAGAAUGAUCCUUACAAUUGUUGCUACUUGUGGGCUGUUCAGUCUACACAAGAAAGUGAAGGCGAUGUUGUGAGUUUGCAUCUGUUGCAGUUAGCAUUUGGUGACAGAAAGCGCUUGGCAUCAGGACAAGUCCUGUAUGAGGGUCUGGAAUACUGUGACGAAAGGUACAGUUUAGAUGUCACGGGUGGAAUCUUUCCCUUGAGAGGGCAGACCACCAAUACCAGGUUACUCAGCUGUCAAACUGUAGAAAAAUUUCGCAACCAUGUUGACAGAGAGGACAGCAUUAAUGAAGCAAUCUCUCCUGACACCAGUGUAUCGAUCUUCAGUUGGCAAGUGAAUACCUAUGGUCCGGGAAAACCAUCUACUUAUUUGGGUGUGUUUGACAUCAAUCGCUGGUAUCAUGCUCAAAUGCCAGAUUCACUAAGGCCAGAAGAAUUCCUUGUUGAUUGCCCCUAUUUUGCAUUGUGGUCACUGGAUGCUGUAGUAAGCAUGACUUCUCCAAACCUCAUUUUGAAUAUUCUGGUACAUGAGCGGAGCCUAAGUCGGGGAGUUCCUCCUUCUUAUCCACCACCUGAGCAGUUUUUUAAUCCAAGCACCUAUAAUUUUGAUGGUACGUGCUUGCUGAACUCCGGAGUUGUUCACAUGACUUGCACUGGCAUCCAGAAGGAGACCUUGAAUUUUCUAAAGAGAUCUGGUCCUUCAAUAAGUGAAGCCAUUCACGAGAGCUACAAUAGGUGUCUUGUAGCUGGCCUGCUGUCUCCAAGACUAGUUGAUGUCCAGCCAUCCAGCUUGAGUCAGGAGGAGCAAUUAGAAGCGAUAUUGUCAGCUGCUGUCCAGACAGGUUCUUUAGAACUUCUGACUGGAUGCAUUAAACAUUGGACAUCAGAAGAGCAGCCAAGUUCUGCUGCUAACUUACAGUUUCUUCUUGAGUGGACAUGGAACAAAGUGAUGCAUGCAAAAGCUGAAUUGGAUCAAAUAUGUGUUCCACUGUUUGAUGGCUAUUGCAACUUUACUGACCCACAGGCAUUACAGGCUCUUCAGCGCUGCCAGUUGCUUUUGCACAACCUUAGAACAGUCUUAAACUGUUUUCUAACAGAAGCACAAGAGCUUACUGAAAAAGGUUUUGCAGACUUGACAAACAAGCACAUGGUCACCAGCCUCAUUUCAUUGUACGCACAAGUGGUCGCCUGGUUCUGUCGAUCCAGUCUCCUUCCAGAGGGUUUAGAUGACAAUAUGUAUUUGUCUAGACCUUUCUACAAUUAUCCUCUGAUUCAUAACUACUAUACUGCUCAUCGACAGAAACUUGAGUGUUUAUCGAGAGGAAAAUGGGAUUCUGACUGCUUGAUGAUCGAUGGACUGGUUUCCCAGUUAGGAGACCAAAUUGAGAAGUUGUGGCAGAGAGAUGAAGGAGGAACUGGGAAAUAUCCACCUGCUAGUUUACAUGCACUGCUAGAUGUCUACUUGCUAGAAGGCAUUGAAGAAAGCUACAAACAUGCAAUUACAAUUUACUUGCUGCUGGAUAUCAAGCAUUCCUUUCCAACUAAAACAGAAACUUCAACUGACUCAUUUCCAAAAGCCUUCGCUAUCCCUUGGGGUCUUGUUAAGCUUAUUCAAGGUUUUUGGCUUCUAGAUCACAAUGAUUAUGAAAGUGCACUGGCCCUGCUCUUUCAUCCAGCUACAAUCAAAAGUGUGUCAUGGCAACAUAUGAGAGUUCUUCAGUCCCUCAUGUGCCAGGGAGAGCACAGGCGAGCGCUCAGAUACAUCCAGAUGAUGAAGCCACCAGUGUCAAGCAGCAGUGAAGUGCGGCUUUUCCUCACCGUGCUGUUGUCCAAUAGGUGCCUGGUGGAGGCUUGGGGUCUGUUGCAGCAACAUACCACCAAGUUAAACAUGGAAGAGCUGUUAAAACACAUGUAUGAAAUCUGUCAGGAGAUGGGCCUAAUGGAAGACUUGCUGAAGCUGCCUUUCACAGAGACUGAACAAGAGUGUUUGGAGAAGUUUCUACAGACCAAUGCUGGUGUCCAGAGUCGUGAAUUUCUUUUAGUCCACCAUCUGCAGCGUGCCAACUAUAUCCCAGCACUACAGCUGCAUCAGUCAAUGAAGGUUAAUCCUACGAAUGACUGUGAUCUUCAGUUGAGAGACAAAGCAGUUGUCAGAAAUGCUGUAUUAGACCAAUAUGGCAAGAUCCUUCCUAGAGUUCAAAGGAAGCUGGCGGCAGAGAGAGCUGAGCUUUACCAUUUGCCUUCAUCAGCCCUGAGAGAAGUCUCCAGACCAAAGCCAUUAUCAACAGUAACAAAACAAGCCAAUGCAGAAAAUGUGUGUAUUUUCAUCAAUAAUGUGUUGUCCAAAAUUGGAGAAGUGUGGGUAGGAAAUGAGCAGAAACCCAGUUUCUCACAAUAUGAUAGAUUACUGCAUUCAGUGGUUCAUCCUGUUCCUUCAUGUUCUGCAGCACAGGGUGGUUGCUGGCAGUCGCCAUGUGGAGCUUCUGCUUCAUUCAUGGCAUCCAGCCCCUUGAAAUCAAAUCUGCACAGUUCCAUCUCACAAAGGAACUUUUCAGGAUCAACACAACUGAAUCUACUAGAGACUCCCCCUGUGGUUAAGAGAGCUAAAGUUUUGGCUACAUCUGCUUCUACGUCUGCUUUUCCUGGAUUUACUCCUCAGUCUAUUCUCAGAUCCAGUCUUCGCACCACACCCCUGGCAACUCCCUCUGCAUCUCCAGGACGAUCAGUCACUCCUCCUCUAAGAGCAAAGGAAUCCAGAAUAUCUUUCAGGGAAGAGAACUCGAAAGCAAGAGGGACUGCUGGGGUUAUUGAAGAUAAUGUGUUAAGGCACAAACCUUAGCAGAAGCACCUGAACCAUCAUGCUAUAGUGAAUUACAUCCAUCAGGUAAUCUUCAAUACAGCUAUGAGAAUGCAGAACAAGAGUUUGCAUGUGCUUUGCCUGAUAAUAAAG